CCCGAUCUGUCAGCGCGCUGCAGCCUUUUGUUUUGUUAUUGUGCAGUUCGAAACGAAAAUGAACCGGCUGUUCUGUACAACUCUGGUGAAAUACUCUCCCCGCAAUGCGAUUCUACCGAGCCGGGCCGUCCAGUGGCCUCGCACCCUGGCGACAACGGCCAGCAACCGGCAUGCAAAUACGGAAUCGACCACCUCGGACGCCCAGCACUACGACAUCAUCAUCGUCGGCGGUGGGAUGGUCGGCACUGCAUUAGCCUGUGCAUUGGGCAAAAACUCCCGGCUGCAGAACAAAAACAUCCUGCUGCUGGAGGCAGCGGCCGGGUUUAAGCAACCCUCCACCGAGCAGUACAGCAACCGGGUGUCGGCGAUCAGCAAGGGCACCUACCGGCUGAUGCGGACGAUUGGCGCGUGGGAGGAGAUCGAGCGCACCCGGGUCAAGCCGGUGCUGAAGAUGCAGGUGUGGGACGCCUGCUCGGACGCGCUGAUCACGUUCAACUAUGACGACUUUGCCGAAAACAUCUCCUGGAUCGUGGAGAACGAUAUGCUGCUGGCCAGCAUCUACCGCCAGCUGGAGGGCGUCCCGAACGUGCGCGUGCGCUACUCCUCGAAGCUUGCCAGCUGCGAGCUGAUACGGGACGGAGCGGACCGCAGCACCGUACGGCUGGCCGACGGCGAAACGCUCAAAUGCGACCUGCUGGUCGGUGCUGACGGUUACAACUCCCUGGUGCGCCGGCAGAUGGGCGUCCAAAACUUUGCCCUCGCCUACAACCAGAUGGGUGUGGUGGCAACGCUUCGACUGGCCAACGCGCCAAGCGACAACGUGACCGCCUGGCAGCGCUUCCUGCCGACCGGCCCGAUCGCUCUACUGCCCCUCAGCGACGACACCAGCUCGCUCGUGUGGUCCACCGGUGUGGCGGAGGCGAAGCGACUGCUUCAGCUGGACGGCGACUCCUUCAUUGCGGCCGUCAAUGCCGCCUUCCACAAACCGAUGCCACGGAACACGCUGGUCGACGAUGUGAUGAAGGGUGUCCACUCGCUGAUCAAACAAACGACCGGACAGCGCCUGGAGGCGGCACCAGUUGUCGAGGCGGAAGUGGCCAGUUCGCGGGCCGCCUUCCCGCUCGGACUCGGCCACACGAGCACCUACGUUGGGCAGGGCGUCUGUCUGAUUGGUGACGCAGCGCACCGGGUCCAUCCACUGGCCGGGCAGGGCGUUAAUCUGGGCUUCGGCGACGUGCAGACGCUGGUGGACGUGCUGGCCGACGCUAACUAUGCCGGGCUCGGCAUCAGCAACGUCAGCGAGCUGCUCAAGUACGAGCAGCAGCGGCUGAAGCACAACGUGCCCGUCCUGCUCACCACGCACAGCCUGCAGCGGCUUUACACCACCGACUUCGUGCCGACCGUCGCCCUGCGCAGCAUCGGGCUAACGCUAACCAACGCGUUGCCACCGGUCAAGAAAUUCUUGAUGAACUACGCCAUGUCCUAGAAGCUGCGCAACUCUGGAAGCGACGGUACCAAAGAGGCAGCUGGAGGAUUGUGUAGCUGUGUUUUUUUUUUUCUUCUAUGUAUGCGUUACACGUAUGAUCGAAACAAAUCGAAAUUUAUAUUGUAGUACUGAUUAUGAACUGAAAUGAACACGAGAGACGUUGAUAAGAGCG